UUCUUUCCAUAUGAAUAUUCAGUAUCGUCAUGAAGUCUGUUUUCUUAAUUGCAAGUACAUUACUAUUGUACUCAGAUGUACAGGCUAUUGAAGUAGCGACGCACAUACCGGCAACAGUAGCACAAAUAAUUAAUGAUACCCGAAGAAUCAUAAAUGGCUGGGAGGUCACAGAGGGAAGACCCUAUAUGGUGCACCUAAAACUGCCCAAGAGCAACCAGAAACAGCAGGCCUACCGGACCUGGUUAUGUGGAGGUGUCAUUGUCCAUGAGGAGUACAUCCUCACUUCAGCAGCCUGCAUCGAGGACGCUGAGCAUUUCUACGUCGUUUCUGGAACUUACAAAUAUUCAAUGGAAGAUGACAAAUACAACAGCCAAUGUAUCAAGAAUGGUGCUAAGAAAGCUAUUUGGAAAUGUGUUCCUAAAAAUUACAUAUUCGACGGUCAUGAGAACGACAACAUCAGGUGGAUGAACAACGACAUCGCCGUAGUCAAGGUGGAGGACGGCUUCGACUUCGAGAGGCGUGUGCGCGGCUGCGACUUCAUACCGAAGCCAAUCUCGUACAACAACCAGACCGCAUCGCUAGAAAACCCCGGGAAUAUCGGCUUUAUCGCGGGCUGGGGUAGCACCUCUAAAUACAGCGAUUGGGCGACGCGAAGAAAGGACAUGAGCUCGCAAGAUCUCCUCGAGACCCGAGUGGAAAUCAUAACCAAAAACAGGUGCAAGAGACGCUGGGGGUCGCGCUAUGCCAACAUUAUCGACAACUACAUGAUUUGCACAAAGGAUUUGGGACAAACUAUGUCUGACAUCUGUAAUGAAAAGUACGUAGACUGCCAAGACAUCCACUACUCCGAUGAAGAAGAAGGCAGAAGAUUCGUAGAGAAGAUGCCAACAAACUUGGUGAUGCACUCUGCGCACGACCACCACCAUAAUAAUGACACAAACACCGCUGUGAAUGCGACAAGCGACCGGAGAUCCAAAGGAGGAACGGUUGUUGACGGCGGGUUUUGUGAAAAUGACCACGGCGGCCCUCUCAUCUACGGCGAAGGCAAUAACGCCAUCGUAAUCGGCGUCAUCUCCGCCUGCCUCGUCAAAGAGCGUACCAACAAGUGCUACGGACCCUUCCUUUACACCAGCAUCUACAAGAACCGCCAGUUCAUCUCUUGCUCCAUUUUCAAGGAUGUGGAACCCAAGUGCCGAAGACAGUUUAGAUCUGGAGUGACACAUACAGAAAAAUCAAUUUCGUGGAAAAAUCAUGCAGAUGGGCCAGCAGUGAAUGAGUUGGACCAUCCAGUCAAUAACGAAGGCAAGUAUGAACCCAAGGAACCCAAGGAGCCAAGCGUCCCAGCGCGCGAAGCUGAUAAAGUGUACCCUAACCGAGGAUACGUGGUCCGCGCACAGGAGAGAAUACAAAACAUAACUACCGCGAUCUGAGCUGGAGGAUAUCUUUCGCAAUAAACAUAAUUAUAUAUAAA